AGCUGACGGUGGGGGCAAGUGGCCGAGGCGUUUGGAGCUGCUCGCUCAGCAUGUGGUGCGCGAGCCCAGCCGCAAUGGUGGUCCUCUGCGCCGGGCUUUGGGUCUCUAACCUGGUGCCGGCGCAGGGCCAGGAGGCCGGGGGGCGGCCGGGGGCCGACUGUGAAGUAUGUGAAGAAUUCUUGAACCGAUUCUACAAUUCCUUGAUAGCCAGAGGAAUUAACUUUUCGCUGGACACCAUAGAAAAAGAAUUGAUCAGCUUUUGCUUGGGUGUCAAAGGAAAAGAAAACCGCCUGUGCUAUUAUCUAGGGGCAACAAAAGAUGCAGCCACGAAGAUCCUGAGUGAGGUCACUCGCCCCAUGAGCGUGCACAUGCCUGCAGUGAAGAUUUGUGAGAAGCUCAGGAAGAUGGACAGCCAAAUCUGUGAGCUGAAAUAUGAAAAGAAGUUAGACUUAGUGUCAACGGACCUGUGGAAGAUGAGAGUGGCAGAGCUGAAACAGAUACUGGACCGCUGGGGAGAGGAGUGCAGGGCCUGUGCGGAAAAAGCCGACUACGUGAAUCUGAUCAAAGAGCUGGCACCCAAGUAUGCAGCGGCGCACCCCAGAACUGAACUCUGACCCCUGGACGAUGCUGCUCCACUGCCUGUAAUUAGAGACAAGGGAUAUGGAUGUGUUGGUUAAGAAUAACUGGGAAUUGCACUGUGCGUGGUCUCCUAUAUUUUGUUUUGAUAUUACACCUCAGAAUUGGUUGCUUGGGUCUGCAAGUCAAACUGUUAAUAUUAGUGGUAUCUUACAUUUUCAGUGUACCAAAACCUAGAAGUGCCUUUCUCAUAAUCUUCUUGUAAGGACUGUGUAAAUGAUCAUUGGCUACCUCCUAAAAUGGGGAAAGUGAACUGCUGGAAAACUGAAGGAGUAAAUUGAUUCUAAGAAGGAAGAAGAGUGCUCACUGGCCCUCUCUGUGCAGGUGAUAUCUAACUAAAGAGAUCGGAUUAGGACAAAAGGAACAACAUUUAGCUUAUUAACUCCCCACUUCAACCCACGAUAAUAACCCGGCAUAAUAAAAAAUUUUUUUUAAAGUAAACUGUAUUUUCAACUGCAAAUCUCUCCACUUUCUAGCUCUCUCUGGUAUCAGAAAUGGGAGGGCAGGAGGCACUACUUGAAAUGAGUGCCUCCCGUAAGAAGAAAACCUAUUUAAAACUGACUUAAAGGAAAUAGAUCAAGAAACCACUCAAGUAUAGCCAAUGUUUUAGCAAAUUGUAUUAACAUUACACUGUUAGGUGAGCAAAGCUCAAGGCCUUUUGCAGCCUUUCUGUCACACAGUAGACCAGCUUUGGACAGAGGACUGAAACAUAAUAAGGGCACAUGCAGGCAACAUGGACCUUUGUGGUUCUCAGUGCUAUUUAAUCAGCUUUAAAUUGUAAAAUCAUUUUUGGUUCCAUUUUCUGGCCCCAUAAGAAUAAUAUCCCACCACAGAUGCGGCUGUGUGUGUGUGACAGGUGGAGGUGGGGUUGCAAAGCAGUGUGAAGGAACUUCCUGGGGUGAGGAGACCUCCUAUAUAUUGAUGGUAGUCACAUGGGUGUAUGUUAUUGUUAAACUCAUCUGGUAGUAAAGUGAAGAGCUGGGCAUUUUAUUGUGUGUAAAUUAUUUCUAAAACACUGCUAUAGAAAAACUAUUUGAAAAUUAACUAAAAUUAAUUUAUUCAAAACUUCUUGUGCAUUUAAAGAAUUGCAGUUACUGACUGGGAGUCCUUUUGGGGAGUGGAGGAAAAAUUUUGCUCACUGAAAUGAUACACUGGAAGUAUUAUUUUCACUUUAAAAGCUGCACAGGUAAACAAAAUUUCAGUUGAGCAGCUGGGAUAUAACCAAACUUGUCAGAGAAUUAGUGGUUAGUAACCUAAAAAUGAGAAUAAAAAAGCUUUGGUGUAAUAAAUGGUCAAAAGGGUUGUUUUUGGAUUUUGACAGUUUUAUC